ACGAAGGGGUGGGGCCGCGAGAGCGGCGGAAGUGGGAAGCCAACGUCUGAAUUGCGCGUGGUAGCCAUGGCGGCCAGCGGGGCUGUGGAACCGGGGCCCGCGGGGGCUGCCGUCGCCCCCUCACCCGCCCCGGCCCCGCCGCCUGCCCCAGAUCACCUGUUCCGGCCCAUCAGCGCCGAGGACGAGGAGCAGCAGCCCACCGAGAUCGAGUCGCUAUGCAUGAACUGUUACUGCAAUGGCAUGACGCGCCUCCUGCUCACCAAGAUUCCCUUCUUCAGAGAAAUAAUAGUGAGCUCCUUUUCCUGCGAGCACUGUGGCUGGAACAACACGGAGAUCCAGUCGGCAGGCAGGAUCCAGGACCAGGGAGUGCGCUACACUUUGUCCGUCAGGGCUCUGGAGGACAUGAACAGAGAAGUGGUGAAGACUGACUCUGCUGCCACAAGGAUUCCUGAGCUAGAUUUUGAAAUUCCUGCCUUUAGCCAGAAAGGAGCUCUGACCACUGUUGAAGGAUUGAUCACCCGUGCUAUCUCUGGCCUGGAGCAGGACCAGCCUGCACGAAGGGCAAACAAAGAUGCUACAGCUGAAAGAAUUGAUGAGUUCAUUGUCAAACUGAAGGAGCUAAAGCAAGUAGCCUCCCCUUUCACUCUGAUCAUUGAUGAUCCCUCAGGGAACAGUUUUGUGGAAAACCCACAUGCUCCUCAGAAAGAUGAUGCCCUGGUGAUCACACACUACAACCGGACCCGACAGCAGGAAGAGAUGCUGGGGCUCCAAGAAGAAGCACCAGCAGAGAAGCCGGAAGAGGAAGAUCUCAGAAAUGAAGUGCUCCAGUUCAACACAAACUGCCCAGAAUGCAGUGCCCCCGCUCAGACCAACAUGAAGCUAGUACAAAUCCCUCACUUUAAGGAGGUUAUCAUCAUGGCUACCAACUGCGAGAACUGUGGGCAUCGGACCAAUGAGGUGAAAUCUGGAGGAGCAGUAGAACCCUUGGGCACCAGGAUCACCCUCCAUAUCACAGAUGCCUCAGAUAUGACCAGAGACCUCCUCAAGUCUGAGACUUGCAGUGUGGAAAUCCCAGAGCUAGAAUUUGAACUGGGAAUGGCCGUCCUCGGGGGCAAGUUCACCACACUGGAAGGGCUGCUGAAAGACAUCCGGGAACUGGUGACCAAAAAUCCUUUCACAUUGGGCGACAGUUCCAAUCCUGGCCAGACGGAGAAACUACAGGAGUUUAGCCAGAAGAUGGAACAGAUCAUCGAAGGUAACAUGAAGGCCCACUUUAUUAUGGAUGAUCCAGCAGGAAACAGUUACUUGCAGAAUGUGUAUGCACCUGAAGAUGAUCCUGAGAUGAAGGUGGAGCGUUACAAGCGCACCUUUGACCAAAAUGAGGAGCUAGGGCUCAAUGACAUGAAGACAGAGGGCUAUGAGGCAGGCCUGGCUCCACAGCGGUAGCAGUGGGUGGCUCAAGGGCCAGCCUCCAGCGCUGCUCUUUCUGUAGGUUAUUUAUUAGUAUUGGAAGAAGGCUGGGAGUGUCUUUCCCACCAGCCCUUGCCCAUGGUGGGGAGGACAUUUGGUCUGAGUCAGAGAUCUAUGCACACUUUCUAAACAGCUUGUGAUGCAAGUGUGAGCCUACUGUGUUACUGACCUUAUUUUGGAAGUUUUGAAUUGGCCUAGGAGGAAACCCAGAAAUGAACCAGGGGUAUGUCAUUACCACUUUUUUCAUAUCAAGUCCUUACCCUCCUUCCACAUAACGCUCUGUCCUCUAAGGUUGGAACUCUGAAGUUGGAGAAGGUGGAAUAAAGUUACACCUGGA